CGCCCGGCCCCGUGUCCCGGAUCCUGCCGCUCGGCGGCAGCCAAUGGCGAGCUCGGACGUCGCCCCAGGGUGCAGCGCGGCGCGCGCGGCGGCGGCCAAUGGGCGUGGAGGACGCGGGGGGACACGGCAAGAUUAACCAAAAUGCAGACCCCCGUGGCUCUCCUCGGCUCCCCAGCUCUGUUCCGGUGCUGUUCCAGGGCUCUGGCCAGGCCAGUUUCGGUGUCUGUUUUCAGCAGGCCUGAGAUUCAGACUGUACAGCCAGCCGGUGUUUCCCAUCCACAGCUGAGCCGCCGGGAAUUCCAGACCAGCGCUGUUUCCAGGGAUAUUGACACUGCUGCAAAGUUCAUUGGUGCUGGUGCUGCCACGGUUGGAGUGGCUGGUUCAGGAGCAGGUAUUGGGACAGUGUUUGGCAGCUUGAUCAUUGGCUAUGCCAGGAAUCCAUCCCUCAAGCAGCAGCUUUUCUCUUAUGCCAUCCUGGGCUUUGCCCUCUCUGAGGCCAUGGGUCUCUUCUGUUUGAUGGUGGCAUUCCUUAUCCUCUUUGCUAUGUGACAGCUUCUGGCGCUGGCUGCAGCUUCCAUCGCUCUGUCCUCUGUGGUUUCAGUCCGCUUCCAUCAGAGUGUUCCAGACCGACAAUUAAAGAAAAGAUUUCUCUAAAUGAA